AUGUCACAAUUAGCAAAUAAACUUCUAGAAUUGUCAAUUCUAAUAAGUAAACCUUAUUUAAUAUUAAUAUAUCUAUUUGGUCUAUUUGGUAAUAUAUUUAAUAUAAUUGUAUUUUGUCGAUAUUCAAUGAGAUUAAAUUCAUGUUCAUGGUAUUUCUUAACGACAUCAUUAUUUCAUAUAAUUAUAUUGACAGUUGGUUGUCUUAUUCGAAUUAUAAAUUAUUAUCUUGGAUAUGAUAUAUCAAUAAUUGGAUUAGCUUUUUGUAAAUUUCGUGCUUAUAUGGUAGUUGUUGGUUAUGUUCUUUCACGUUAUUUUUUAUGUUUAAUAUCGAUUGAUCGAUGGAUGAUAACAUCAAAAAAUGUAUCUAUUCGUCGUCAAUGUACUCAAAAACAAGCUCAAUUAGUUAUUAUAAUAAGUAUAAUAUUCUGGUUUUUAAUUGAAAUAUUUAUUCCAAUUGGAUUUAAUAUUCAAGGAAAUAAUUGUGUACCAUCAACAGAUCUAUUUUAUUUAUUUAUGUAUCGAAUUAUUGAUUUAUUAUGUACUUUAUUUCCAUUCUUUAUCUUAAUUAUAUUUAGUUUUUUAACAUUACAUAAUAUAUUAAAAAGAAGAAUUAUUCCAAAUGAUGGUCAUACUCUUGCCACUAUUUCUGCAUCUCGAAAUAAUAAUCAUCAAAAUAAGGCAUCGAUAGUGAAAAGAGUAUUCCAAGAAAAUAAUCGUCAUUAUCGAAAAUAUACAUAUAAAGAUUAUCAUUUAAUUCGAUUAUGUUUUAGUCAAGUGAUUGUUUUUAUUAUAUUAAAUAUUCCAGGUGCAUUAUUUAGUUUAUAUAUGUUUAUAACACGAACAAAUAUAAAAACUAUCGAUCAUUUAACUAUUGAUUCAUUUCUUAAUAUAAUUGCAACCAAUCUUGCUUACACUCAUUGUGCAUUGACAUUUUAUUUAUAUACAUUGACAUCGAAAGAAUUUCGAAAACAAUGUUUCUUAACUAUUCAUUAUAUUCAACGACGAUUUAUUAUUCGAUUUCAAUAA